ACUGUGGUCUAUAUCCUUAUCUUGUCUAUGGCUUAAUUUGUUCGAAGUUGAAUGUUUUUUUUUGUUGUAAGCCAUGGUAGAGUUUUUUUUUUGUUUAUUUAUGAAAUAUUGAGUGUUUGUUUGUUAACUCAAUUUAUGUCGAAAAUGUUUGGUGUCAAGCAGCUGAGUCAGCAAGGAUGGCGCUGCCUGCGUUGUCUAGUUCAGCAGCGAUCCCUGUCGUGCAGUCGUAGUCUGCAAGGCAUCUACGAGCCUGAUUACCUGGAUAAAUUGAAACCAGACAUCCCAGUGUACAACGCACUGAACAUACAGAUGAAAGGCUAUGACUUUCCGGUGUUGGAGAACUACCAGAAGUUUGUGCACAGCAUCGCAGAGUCUAUGGAUAUAGAGGUGGAAGACAGUUGGGCCUUGCCUCCGCAGCACCUCCAGAUACAGAGGUACAAGCCACAGAGCUCCAUAGUGGACAGCGAGUACAAGCUGCUGGUCUACGAGAGGAACGUGCAGGUGACGGACCUGCCCUCGACAGUGGCGGCCGUGUUCCUGGAGGUGAUCCAGGCCGUGCUGCCGGAGGGCGUGAGCCUCAGCGUCCACGAGCACCUCAGGGAGCACGAGGAGGCGAGGUUCGUGCCCGACCAGCAGCUCAAGGAGCUCAAGACCGAGCUGGACUCGCUGGGUGGCCCGGUCGCCAAGAAGAAGUAGCGGCAGCGUCCAAUGUCGUUGAGAUGUUUGCAAGACGAUCCGUGGUUUGGUGGUGAAGUAUUGUUCCUUACUGGUCGUAACUGCCGCGACCGCAGGAAGCUCUUGAUGAGACCAGCGGUACAAAACCUGUGGCACGGUGAUGGCCAACUUCAAUGUAUUGGAGAGCCAGGUAUAUUUUUUUUGCAGUAACUUGAGGGGCAAAACACACAUUAUUUGCUAUUAAUUUUUUUGUAUGUGUGUUUUAUAAUGUGUAAUUAUCCUGUAGGAAAACAUAAGUGAUUAAAUAAGAGUAAUAAAUGAGAACUUCGGAGCCUG